AGAAUGUAGGAAAAAAUGAGAUAAUACUUUACAAGCUGCUACCAGAUAGCAGCCUUCUCUGGAGCAUGGCGAACUUGAGAGAAGACUGGAAGUUUUUGGUUGACAAGCGACAGAGUAAAGGCAGAGAAUGUUGAAAGGAGAAGGGAGAAUGAGGAAUCCGUAUUGAUAUGUAUGCAUAUAUCACUUACCAAGGCUGAGAUACAGCGUAUUGGACGAGAUGAGAGCAAGGGUAAGGAAUGCUGUCGACAACCCACCACUAAUGAGGAUAAUAGUAGAGCUGCCGGCAUGAAAGUGGCUAAUUUCUUUCUUCUUCCUUAUGCGCCAAGCCCUCAUAUAUCUGAACAAGAAAAAUUACCGCAUUCAAUCUAUAUCAGUAUGGGUUAGCACUUCUAGCUCUUCUACUGUGUCGGAAAGUCCGCUUCAAGGAAUUGAGCUGCAAUUUUCACACGAUCAUCAUCGAUUGAAAGCGGUCCUCUAGCUAUAUCAGCCAUUGCAUUCUUCAGCUCUGUCUUGACGUCAAAUAUACUUCCAUCCUCCCAAGUUGCAUUCCAUCGGAAGGAAGGUUGCUCAGUCUCCAUCACCUGUCCGAGCGAAAUGAAAGAAAGAGUGUAUGAAGUUAAGCAACUUGCUGCAAUUCUUCUCCAAGUUGCCCCCUCUAAGCGUUUCCUGCCUGAAUGGAAUCUCCGAAAGCAGGCUCGUUUUCGGGAAUUCUGCUGUGAUGAUCAAUAAGUGCGGAGAAGAAGUCAGCCCUCUGCCAUUCCUCUGCUCCAAUAGUGGCAAAAAGGCCUACAGAAAAGGCAAGCAUUAGUGCAGCAACAACACCUGCACACAAGCACACACGGUCAUACAAAACAAAGAAUGGACUGCAAUCAUGCAUGACACCCCAAAAUGCAAGUGCUUUUGUAACUCUCCCACCCAGAUUCAUGAGCAGUCCCUCAAUAUCUUCAUAUGACUGGUAAUGGUUGACACGCUUCUCUGUACCUACAAUAUGUCCACCACUCGGCUUCCCGGCCUUUCCGGAGAUCAUCGUGCUCACAGCUGCGGAAGAAGUCCCUUUACGAAUCUCUUCCGGGAGGGGAGUUCACGAUGACGCGAUGGAUGGGCUGGAUGUGAUACAUUGAGGGGCGAUCAAGAAGGGACGCUGGGAGGGCGAACCGACGGCAAGGAGGCAUAUUCCUCGCAUGCGUGCGAGCUUGAAGCCGAUGCGAGCUUUGCUGUGCGAUUCUCGACACAUCGAAAAGUUCUUCAUCUAUUUGUCCGGCUUUUGCCUCGGUCCGUGUGGAGAAGCAGGUGCUUAGCCAGCGCAAAUGGCACAGCAGUAAUGCAAAAAGUCAGUGGCGUGCGUGUGGCGCCCUGCUUCUCUGUCUGUACAAUGCGUGACUAAUGCGUGGCGGACUGAUGCGUACGUGUGUCUGUCGUGCGUGCCUUCCUCUCUGUCUGUCCGAUGCGUGUCUAAUGCGUAAGGGAGGGAGGGGCAGACUGAUGCGUGUGUUUGUCUGCACGGACAGCGAUGCGUCGCUCUGUACAUACAUACAUUGCUUGUCUACAUAUCGG